AUGAGCAGUCCCGCCGAGGAAACCCGCCAGGAGGCUCUUCACGAGCGCCGCCAGAGCAUUGGCAAAUACGUGAAGAGGCUCCGCACCGUCUUGAAGAGAGGCAACUCCAGCAAGGAACGCGUCCCGGUUGCUGCGUCGUCUGCGGAGAAGAAGCCUGAGCCUGCUGCGUCGACAAGCGCCGCCGAGCCCAAGCCCGAAUCCAAGCCCGUCACCUCGACAACGGGUCAGGUCAGCUACCCGCGCAGCGCCGCCCAGCAGGAGCGUGCUCGCGCUCUCUUCGCCAAGUAUGGCCUGACUCUGGAAGCCCACGAGUGGAUCACCACCGGCCCCACCAACGAGAAUGUCCAGCGUGUCGAGAAGCCCAUCCGCAUGCGUGUCCACCGCCAGUGCCACCGUUGCCAGACUACCUUUGGUGCCGACAGGGUCUGCCAGCAGUGCGAGCACACUCGGUGCAAGAAGUGCCCUCGUUUCCCGACCAAGAAAGAAAAGUCCAAGGGAAAGGCCAAGGGAGGCGAGACUCCGGACAUUGCUGCCGUCGUAGCCCCCGCCGCCGCCGCUACCCCGUCCACUGCCAAGGUUGGGACAGCGACGGGCAAGAAGCAGCAGUACUUGACCAUCAAGAGCCGUACUGGUGGCCAGGACUUGGAACGCCGCCCGCCUAAGCAGCGUGUCCGCCGUAGUUGCCACAAGUGCCAGACCCUAUUCAUCCCUGCUACAGCUACCAUCUGCACCAAUUGCCAGCACACGCGUUGCACCAAGUGCCCUCGCGACCCGGCCAAGAAGAAGAAGUGGCCCGAUGGCUACCCUGGCGAUGCUCCCGGCUCCGACACGGAAACGGACGCCGAAAUCCUGCCCGCCCAUCAGAGGCCGGAGCGCGUCUGGCGCAAGCCGCGUAUGAGGAUCAGGUGGAGCUGUGAGCAGUGCAAUACCCUCUUCAUAGAAAAGUCCAAAACGUGUGCCAGCUGUGGGCAUGACCGCUGCCAGAGCUGCGUGAGACUUCCCCCGAAGAAGAUCAAGCAGGAACCCGACCCAGCCGUCCUACGUUCGGUCGAGGAAAAACUGGCCCGUUUCAGGAUGGAGGGAGCUCCAGCUCCAUCUGGCACGGAGCCGGCGGCCUAA